GUGUAUUGCACUCAUUAUUGGCAGUUAUUGGCCGUUCGAUCCCGAUACAAUAUUGGGCGCAUCCCUGCUCCGAUACGAUAAUCUCCCCAUAUCAAAGCUCUAAAUCGCCUCAAUCCUCCCGCCCCAAGUGGGCAUGGAUCAGUUCUCUAUUUACCACAGUGGGGGCGCCAGGGGUAGGAUUUGCUCCGCUCACCGUUCCUUGGAGCUCGCGAUUCCCUCCACGUGCAACAUUCCAAGAACGGCUCUUCCAACGAGAGGACGUGAAUAGACCGUUACAUCGUUGCUUAUGCACUCCUAGCCGUCCGAUUGUCUUGGCACGAAAAGAACCCCGCCUUUUCCUCUCCUCCGCUUGCCGGUUUUAGUUUCAGUUUGAGGCUUUGAGAGCAAAAGAGGAGGCUUUGGUUGACGGAUUCUUUAUCAGUACGAUCUACAUUUUCUUUUUUCCGAUUCUAUUUCGAUGAUAUAAUUUUGUUUCUAUUCUCUAUUCAUCAUUUAUAUCAAAGUUUGAUCUCCAGGGAGGAAUGGCAGAAGCUGCUGUUGAGGAGACGAUCCAUGAGUACAAAGGUUCGUCGUCUUCCGAUUCGGAAAGCGAGAAGCCGCCAUCCCCAGGUUUUAAAAAGAAACGACUGUUUGGAAGGAAGGAACCGGUGCAUACCGUCCUUGGCGGAGGAAAACCUGCUGAUAUUGUAUUAUGGAGAAACAAGCAGAUGUCAGCAAGUAUUCUUGCUGGUGUUACGGUGCUCUGGCUUCUCUUUGAAUGCAUAGGCUAUCACUUCCUUACUUUUAUAUGUCACUCUCUCAUAUUUUUUCUGGUAGUAUUGUUUCUCUGGUCGAAUGCUGCAUCAUUCGUCAACAGGCCCCCUCCAAAUUUUCCAGAGGUUAUCUUGCCUGAGGACCUGUUCUUAAGCAUAGUUCAUUCAGUACGACAUAAAGUCAAUGAAACUUUUGCAAUCUUCAGAUAUGUUGCUUCAGGAAAGGAUUUGAAGAAAUUUCUCAUGGUAAAGCUCCAAUACUUAAUUUCUGUUUUGUGUAAUCUGCCUUUGAUUCUCAGCAGGAAAAUUGUGGUGCAGGUAGUCACUGGCUUGUGGGUUCUUUCUAAAAUGGGCAGUUGGUUCAGUUUUUUGACUUUCUUCUAUAUUGUUUUUGUGCUUCUGUAUUCAUUACCUGCACUUUAUGAGAAGUAUGAGGAUCAAGUUGAUGCAGCUGCUGAGAAGGCAAUAAUCCAAAUGAACAAGCAAUAUGCUGUGCUGGAUGAGAAACUUCUGUGCAAGAUCCCCCGAUGCCCAUUUUCUGGUAAGAAGCAGCACUAAGGCGCGAACUCAUUUCCUUUGCCAUGGAACUCCAGAGCUUUUGCUCCAGCCAUAGGGUCCUCUGCUGCUGAAUUUUAGUUGAGAUUUUGAUGGGAGGACAUGGAGGGAGAAGUUUCUCUGACUUGAAACCGUUGUAGCUUUGAACUAGUGAGGGCUGACAAGUACGGGACUUGUACUGAUAAGCGGGUGUUAAUACUUUUUUUGAAAUCUGUCUUCCAAGAAGCCAUUUCUGGAUUAUUUACUGAUUCCAGAUUAUGCUGUUUAUUCAUCGACAAUUUUCCCUACAAUUGAUGUACUAGCAAUGCCUGUGUGCUUCUUGUUGUGUA